AUGCAAUCGAAAUCGGGAAGAGGAAAUGAAGCGGAGGUCAAUCACCAUACUGAUCAGCAGCAACCGAUGAUGUAUCCAGAGCCCUGGUGGAAGAACAACGCUUUCGGCGUCGUUCCUCAAGCGAGACCUUCUGUAAUUCCAUCAAAUUCAUCUUCUUUGGAAUGUCCGAAUGGUUCUGAAUCGAACGAUGUUCACUCUGCAUCUGAAGACGGUGCCUUGAACGGCGAUAACGAUGGCACUUGGAAGGAUUCGCAAGCUGCAACUUCCUCCCGCUCAGAUAACCAUGGAGUGGAAGGGAAUGAUCCUACGCAUUUGGCGGCUUCUAUGCGUAACAUGCAUGAUCCACAACUUGUACAACCACCAGAGCUUGUUGGACACUAUAUGGCUUGUGUCCCAAAUCCAUAUCAGGAUCCUUACUAUGGGGGAGUGAUGGGAGCAUAUGGUCAUCAGCCACUGGGGUUUCGUCCAUAUCUUGGAAUGCCUCGUGAAAGAACAGCGCUGCCACUUGACAUGGCACAAGAGCCUGUUUAUGUGAAUGCGAAACAGUACGAAGGGAUUCUAAGGCGAAGAAAAGCACGUGCCAAGGCAGAGCUAGAAAGGAAAGUGAUCAACAGAAAGCCAUAUCUUCAUGAGUCAAGACACAAGCAUGCAAUGAGAAGGGCAAGGGCUAGUGGAGGCCGGUUUGCGAAGAAGAGUGAGGUAGAAGCAGCAGAGGAUGCAGCAGCAGGGAGAGAAAGAGAAAGAGGCUCAGCAACCAACUCGUCAAGCUCUGAACCUGUUGAGACAGACUCUAAUGAGACCCACAAUUCUUCAGGUGCACCAUGA